ACAACAUCGAACAGCUGUCAGUCAGAAAUGGCGCAGUGGCACAGCGAGACGGGUAUUUUGCGUAAAAAUCGUCCGAAACAAAAUCAUGAGGAACUCCUCGUGUUCGGUUACGCAUGCAAAUUGUUUCGCGAUGACGAGAAGGCCCAAUACAUCGACCAAGGCAAACACCUGAUUCCCUGGAUGGGCGAUGAAAAAUUGAAAAUUGAUAGAUACGACUGUAGGGGUGCGUUAAGUGACUUGGCACGUUUUGAGGCCAGCCGGGAAGGGUUCGACGCGAUGCGGUGGCUGGGUUUGAGUGAAAAUGAACGGAAACUCGAGGAAUUGUGUGACAAGGAACGCUAUUACUCCCUUCUGAUUAAUGAGGAGGAGGAGGAAAUGUAUAAAGAGGAAGAGCAGAAAAGACUGAAAACUAAUGCUGUUCAGUACAGUUACGAUGUUCCAAUGGAACCAAAGCCCCAAGAAGAGGUUCAAGCAACUGUAGUGCAAGAGGAGGAACCUGAAGAGGAAUACGUGCCAAUUCCUGCACUUGAUGUGCCCGUCGACAUUAAUAUACCAAAGACUAUGAAGCAGUACGCAAAAAUAGAAAAGACGGCCAAAUUUGUAAACCAGCACGGCCCGCAAAUGGAGAUUUUAAUCAAGGCAAAACAGGGCGACAAUCCUCAAUUUAGUUUUCUAAAUCAGGGCGACGAACUGUACAAGUUUUAUCGUCACGUUUUGUCCGCAUUUAAGAGUGGAAGGUUUCUGGGACAAAUCGACAAAAAUGAUGAAAAGGAGGAGGAGAAGGAGGAGGCGGGCGAUCAUUAUUUGCAUCCGAGUUUGUUAGCUUCGAACCAACAGCCGGACACGAUCCGGCCCCUAGUACCGUACAAGCCGUCCGCGAACUGCGCCUACUCCCAGCUCGUCAAUCGGAUACAGGGCGGCAAUCCACCUCCCGAGCCGGAUAAACAGAAGGCGCAGGACCAGCCGCAGAUGACCUACGAACAGCAGCAGUACUAUCAGUACUACUACACGGCGCAGUACUACGAAUACUACAAGCAGCUGGCGCAGUACCAGCAGAACUGCGGCGACAAUCCCGGACAAAUCAUGCCUCCCCCCGACUUCCAAUUAGACCCCAACACUCAGGCUUACUUCCAACAAAUUGCCUACACACAAUAUAUGCAGCACCAGCAACAGCAGCAGCAGCAAAACAGCAAUUCGUACGCUCAAAUCGUGUCCAACGUUUCGAAAGAUUCAAACCCUUACACGGCCAACGUGCCCGCCCUCCCCCAACACCUAAUCAAACCUGAACCAGAGCCAGAACCAAAACCUAAAAUAGUCCAGGAGGUUAAGAAACCUCCUCUCCUGUCUUUGGCACAGUACGGUUCCGACUCGGAAGAAGACGAGGAAGAGGAGGAUCAAGCGGCAGCUAAUAAAACAAACGACAUAGUCGUACCGACAGGCGAAACAAAAAUCGUAAUCGACAAAAUGGCAGUGUACGUGUCCAAAAAUGGGGAACAGUUCGAGGACAUAGUCAAAGCGAAAGGCGAUCCAAGGUUUGAAUUCCUGAACCCCACUCACGAGCACUUCAACUACUACAAGGACAAAAUUAGGGAGCUAAAGGGGGACAAAACGGACGUGAAGGAGGAGGCGAAGACCGAAGAAGAACCUCCGAAAGUGAAAGAAGAAAAGGAAAAGAAAAAAGUCAUUGCACCGGUCAGCUUCUCCAUAAAGAAACCGAAGGAAGACGCGGCGAAGGAAAUCAAAAGCGCCCUGCCUUUGGAAGAAAGCGACGAGGAGGAAGUCGAAACGACCCCCGCGAAUCCGCCAGUGGAAGAACCGCCCCCCGAAGAGCCGAAGCCCGAUUCCGACUCUAACGGAAUAGAUACAGAUGAUCCGAUCUUAGAAAUGAUUGACUUAACGUUUGAGGGUGAGGAUAAGAAAGACGCCAAACGUGCCGAAGACAGGGUGAAGGAUAAAAUCGCCUUGGCGGCGAGGGAGAAGGUCGCCUUUGCUAACAGGGAUAAGGCGUUACAGAUGGAGAGGAAGAAGAAGGCGGCGCUGUUUCUGAAGCUCAAGUCGGCACAGGGUGACGACGAAAGGGAUGGUUCGAGGGAGAGGAGCGAACCUAGAAGUAAGAAACACAGAGAUGACAGAGAUAGGAAGCGCAGGAGUAGAAGCAGGGACAGGCACAAGGAUAGAAGUAAAAGCAGGGAGAGACACAAGGAUAGAAGUAAAAGCAGAGAGAGGCACAAGGAUAGGAGCAAAAGCAGAGACAGCAGGGAAGAGAAGAGGCGAAAGGACAGAAGCAAAAGCAGGGAGAGACGUAACGAAAGAAGCAAAAGCAAGGACAGGCGUAACGAAAGAAGUAAAAGCAAGGACAGGAACAAGGAUAGAAGCAAAAGCAGAGAUGCAUACAAGGAAAGAAGCAAAAGCAAAGACAGACGCACAGAAAGAAGUAAGAGUAGAGACAGGCGCAAGGAAAAAAGCAAAAGCAGAGACAUACACACGGAAAGAAGCAAGAGCAGAGACAGGCACAAUGCUAGAAGCAAAAGUCGAGACAGGCACAACGAGAGGAGCAAGAGUCGAGACAGACACAAUGAAAGAAGCAAGAGCAGAGAUAGACACAGGGAAAGAAGUAAGAGCGAAGACAGACACAAAGAGAGAAGCAGGAGCAAAGACAAGAACGAUAAGAAAGAACGGAGUAGGGGCAGAAGUCCUAAAGAUCUGAGUAUAAUAAUCGAGGAAAAUGAAGACUCAGAUGAUAAAAAAAGGAGGAAGAGUGUCAAGAAGAAAAAGUCGCACAAGAGGAAAAGAUCCAAGAGCAAGUCGACGCCUAGAAAGAAAGUAAAGAGGAAACAUAAAAGAAGUAGCUCGGAGGAGUCGAGCAGUUGACAAUUGGAGUUGUAUUUUGUUUUGAAUUGGUUUUGUUUAAAAUGUGUACAGAUUGUAUAUAGAAAUAAAUGAAUUUUCUAUCUGUAA